GAUAUGUAGGAACAGCACGCAGAGAGGAUGUUGGGACCGGGGCUCCCACACCCUGGGACCCACCUCCAGAUCACUGGUAGAAACAGAUGGCUCUCAUCCUGGGCCCUCAAGCCCACCACACACCUUCAUGAUGAGCAGGAGCCCAGGACUCUGAAAGCCCACCUCCCACCGGUGCCCCUACAGUGCUCCAAGCCACCUCCCCCAUGGCAAAGCCCUUCAAGCUCGUCCUUGAAGACCCAGGAGGGAGCCCAAGGCCAGAACCCAUCCUGGAGCAGCCUAGGGGGACCCGAGCAUCAAGAGAUGAGCUUCCUAGAACAAGGAGAGAGCACUUCAUGGCCAUCACCAGCCAUGACCACUGGCUCAGAAAGAAGCCAUGGGAAACAGGGGGCCAAGUCCUCGAGAUGGACGAGGCAGGAGGUGGUGAAGGAAGGGGAGCUGCAGGGUCUGGAGGAAGAUCCCCAGGCCAGGCCGCCUGCUGAGUGCACCGGGCUGGAGGCCACAUUCCCCAAGGCCACACACUUGUUGCAAGCUGCCCCCCUGGCCAGGGUGGGCACCCCACCGACAGAGUGGGACAUCUCCCCCCUGAACCAUGCAGCCUCAGCCGUAGGCUCCAGUCCAGAUGAUCUGGAGCUGGAUAUAGAGUUCCCAGUCACAGCAGACUGGGGGUACGAGCUCGGCCUGGUGGAAGAGAGGCCUACCCUGUGCCCCUCCCCGCGGGCCCUGUUACCCAGGCCGGGCUGGGACGACGAGCUGCAGAAGCCGGGGGCCCAAGUCUACAUGCACUUCAUGCAGGAGCACACCUGCUACGAUGCCAUGGCAACCAGCUCCAAGCUGGUCAUCUUCGACAUCACGCUGGAGAUCAAGAAGGCCUUCUUUGCGCUCGUGGCCAACGGCAUCCGGGCGGCACCCCUGUGGGACAGCAAGAAGCAGAGCUUCGUGGGGAUGCUGACCAUCACGGAUUUCAUUUUGGUGCUGCACCGCUAUUACAGGUCCCCGCUGGUCCAGAUCUAUGAGAUUGAACAGCAUACGAUUGAGACCUGGAGAGAGAUCUACCUGCAAGGCUGCUUCAAGCCUCUGGUCUCCAUUUCUCCCAAUAGCAGCCUGUUUGAAGCUGUCUACGCCCUCAUCAAGAACCGGAUCCACCGUCUGCCAGUCCUGGACCCGGUCUCAGGCGCAGUGCUCCACAUCCUCACACACAAGCGGCUGCUCAAGUUCCUGCACAUCUUCGGCACCCUGCUGCCCCAGCCCUCCUUCCUCUCUCGCACCAUCCAAGAUCUGGGCAUUGGGACAUUCCGGGACUUGGCCGUGGUGCUGGACACAGCGCCCAUCCUGAUGGCGCUGGACAUCUUUGUGGACCGCCGCGUGUCUGCGCUGCCCGUGGUCAAUGAAACUGGACAGGUCGUGGGCCUCUAUUCUCGCUUUGAUGUGAUUCACCUGGCUGCCCAGCAAACCUACAACCAUCUAGACAUUAGUGUGGGAGAAGCACUGAAGCAGAGGACACUGUGCCUGGAGGGAGUCCUCUCCUGCCAGCCUCACGAGAGCCUGGGGGAAGUCAUCGACCGGAUUGCCCGGGAGCAGGUACACCGGCUGGUGCUUGUGGAUGAGACUCAGCAUCUCCUGGGUGUGGUGUCACUCUCCGACAUCCUUCAGGCCCUGGUGCUCAGCCCUGCUGGCAUCGAUGCCCUCGGUGCCUAAGAAUAUCUGAGUCCUCCCUCCCAGGCCACGUCUCACACGCUGAAGCCAACGAUGGGAGCCAGGGGACUGGGCCUUCAUCCUCCCCCACCCCCAUUUGCUGGUUUGGCUCUGGUUCAGGUAGGCUCUGCCCGGGGGCAUCGGCCUCAGCACCAGUCCAUAGAUCUUUCUGGGCUCACAGAUCUCAGCCUGGGGUACCCCGAGGACAGAAGUGGCCCAGUUCAUUGCUGAACAGCAUGAUGUAAACCACAAGUGUCAGGAUUCACCGCUUUGUCCCGGUGUCAGCCGAGGUCUUGGGGGUCCUCCUAAGAGGGCCUGGGGUGAAGGCAAGGGCAGUGAUGUGCUUUCAGGUGCUCUGGGGAGACUUACCUGCCCUCUCACAAUCAUUACCCUCCUGCUCAGAAUUCCACUGGAAGGAAGCAAGUUACUAAACCUUUGUUGAAUGGAAUGUCCAUGCUCAGUAAGAACUUCGGCCCAAAGGAGGGAGCUUCUCUCUUAAUGACUCGUCUCAGUAAAGUUGACAUGAUCUCAGACUCUUUGCUGGUAGCAUGCUUGCUAGGGGCUCGCGCAGGUUCCACCUGCUUGGCACUGGAUGGCGGGACGAGGGUCCUCGAUUGGAAAGGCAACCUCCCCCCCAUGUAGUCACUGUCUUCCCUUCUCUUUUCCCACAGGCUUCUCCAGCCCUCCCUAAUUGCCCCUGCCCUGCCUAUACUCCCAGGAGCCCUCAGGAAUGCCCAGUGCACCAUGGGAUGAUGAAACUAACGGCUGAGUCAAGCCUGGAGGUCUCUGAACCAGAGGCACUGGGACUAUUAUCCCAGGGCCAGCUGCUCCAUGCCCACCCACGCCAAACCUUCCCUCCACCUGGGGUGUGGUUGGCCCCAGGGGGGCAGCAAGCCCUCAGCUGCUGGGGUUGGUCCUCAGCUUCUGGACUACCUGGGAGUCCCAGCUGUUCCUCUGCAACCACCGAGAUGGUUCCCCACAACCGUGCCACUGCCCUCCCCCUCCUCCCAGCAUUGUCAUUUCAGGGCUGCUGGCGGUCGCCACGGAGCAGUAGAUUCAUGUAGAGCCUGUCGAGUGGGGUCCUCCCUCCCGUUCUCAUCCUGAGCACCAGCCAACCAGGUUCUCAGUUUCCCCGGUGACCGCUGGGUUUGGAUCACUGAGGGUGAACCGAGGAGAAAACAAAAACAAAAAGAACAACCCAUGACCUUAAAUUGUAGAAAUGUCACUCAGAAAAUGCUAGCCAUUUGGCCCGAACUUGUGGCAAGACCCCUGUGCUUUCUGAAUUCAAAGACAUGAGGGAAAAUCUGUGAUCGACAAACACUACAACUGACUGGCAUUUCUUUCGUGCAUAGAGUGUUAGUUCGCUGAAAUUUCUUUUUUCACCUUUUAUUUUAUAACAAAACCCUAAAGAAGACAUGAAUUAAUUACAUAGUAAAUACAGCUCAGUCCACAAACUCUAAUAUGCAAGAAAAUAACUUUAUUUUUCUAACACUGAAUGGAAUUUGUAUUAUGAACCCCAUUUUCGCCAGAUGGUAGAAAUUAAUUGCAGUCAAUUUGGGGUGCAUCCCUCACCUUUUCCUGGGGUUAAAUUCGGUGAGGGGGGAAAGCAUUAAGUAGUGUAAGACUGUAUUCCUCAGUCAUCAACAUCCAUGCAUGCCAGCACCUGCUAAAACCUUCCCAUUCCUAUCUGGUUGUCACUGGGUUGGUCACUGUUGGGCCUGGCACCUGCUAGGUGCUCCCUCACUCCCUACCACGGAGCCUCCUUGAGCCUGCCUGCUUCUGGGGCAUGAGGACAUUCUAGCUCCUAGACCUGGACCCGGCUGCACUUCAAAAAGCUCUGUGGGGCACUUGCAAGCCCAUCUGCUCAGACGGACAGCAGGUGGUCUGCUGUACUCUGCAUUUUGCUGGGGUGUUUUUCAGGCUCUAUCCUGGAAACAUGGGGCUCAGGGCUCUUCCACCCUUGUCAUCUCCAAAGUUUCCUGGGAUAUUUGUCACAUCCCCUCGUCCCUUCAGACACAGCUCCCAUCUCAGGGACCCUAGAAAUGUCCACAGUUUCUUUGCUUCCCCAGCCCCCAUCAAUCUAUGGCAUCUUUACCAGUGGGGCCUUUUGUCUAACCCAGCAUGCCUCUUCCAAACCCACUCUAUGUGUCUUGCGUUCUUGUCACCACCUAUCUUGAGGGGCCAGGCUUUUGAAAUUCCAAACCCAAGACCAGGUUUUUGCUAUAUCAUCCCUCCCCUGUGGCAAUGGACACUGCAGCUCUGCUGUCCAGUGGGAAGAGGAUAGGUUAAUAUUUCUAAAAUAUGACCCCACCUCAUUUAGCUCACUGAGCAACAGAGUGGAGACACUUGUACUUGAUGAGUCAGGCAGCAAAGGAAGGCCUUUCUCAUAGACAGGUGCUUCUCUGGGCCCAUCGCAAGUGACAGUGUCCUUGGGGAGCCUGGGGCAGUCUGUCUCAGGCUGCAGCCAACUAUGGGGAAAGUGUAGCAGGUCAGUCUUUGAGGUGAUGCCCCAGAUUGCUCUGUAUGAGUAGACCUUCUGAUGUCACAGUGUAGGCAUGAGGUGGAAAGGACAGCCCGAGGAGGUCACUCUUCCCCCCACCCCCGUUCUGCUCCCCCUGAGAGUAAAUAGGUCUCCAAUCUCCUGGGCCCACCAUGCUGAGAACCCAGCAGUUCCCCCAUGGGCCUUUCUGUGAGGGACUAUGCCAGCCUCCUGCCUCAGAAGCAGAGGGACUCUGCCCUGCUCAGAUCACAGCCCAGCCUUCAGUUCCCGACAAUCACCAGCAUCAAGGCUGCAAGAACAGAGGCAAAAGGUUGCCAUGGGGACUACUCCUGCCCUGACUCUGAAUAAAAAUGUGAAACCCA